AUAUUGUAUAAAAUGUGUUGCAAAUGUUGCAGUGUUAAACAGCAAAAAAUAUGUGUGUUCAGUGUGGGUAUAUUGUUAAUGAUUCUGGGAGUUGUACUAAUAACUGCUUCGCCUACACUGUCAGAGCAAUUUGUAUACUCGAUGUUACCUCUCAGUCCAGAUUCCUUUAUGUUUUCGAAAUGGGUGAUCACGCCCGUGCCCUUAUACCUUAGCUUUUAUCUAUACAAUUGGACAAAUCCACAUUUGGUGAAUGAUACAAAAGUGAAACCAAAUUUUGUAGAAAUGGGUCCAUAUGUGUUUCGGGAAAUGAAAGUGAAAGAAGAUUUGCAUUGGGACAACAAUGAAAAUUUGGUUACCUACUAUGGACGUCGUACAUGGUAUUUUGAGGCCUCCAAAUCGAAUGGUUCAUUGGAUGACAUGAUAACGGCACCACAUUUGCCUACAGUGGCUGGAGCAAAAAUUUUUCGCAAUGCUCAUCCAGUUACACGUAAAAUUCUUAACUAUUGUCUCAAUCGUGAGGGUGGUAAAUUGUUUAUGACUCAUAAGCCUCUCGAUUGGAUAUUUAAUGGUAUUUAUGAUGACAUUAUGGAUUUUGGUGAACGUCUACAUUCGCCCAGAAUAGUGGUAAAAGAAAAUUAUUUUGGUUAUUUUUACAAACGUAACAAUUCCAAAGAAGCUGAAGGUACUUUCAGCAUAGACACUGGAAAAGGAGAUAUAACACGUUUGGGUGAUUUACGAUAUUGGAAUGGUUCGAAUCAUACUAGUUUCUGGGAAGGAGAAUGCGGUCGUGUUAAUGGUAGUACAGGAGAGAUAUGGGCUCCUGGUAAGAAAUGGCAUGAACCCGUAAGCAUAUUCUUAUCAGAUGCUGCCCGCUAUGUUAAUAUUUAUCCACAAACUAAUGAAACCUACAAAGGUGUAAGUGCCCGUAGAUAUACUACCACUGAACUAACAUUCGAUAGUGGUUAUAUAGCAGAGGAUACCAAAUGUUUUUGUGUACCCGGCCGGGAAUGUCCUAAAAAUGGUGUAAUUGAUUAUUCACGUGUAACAUUUAAAGCUCCCGUUUAUUUGUCACAUCCUCAUUUCUAUAUGGCCGAUCCUUUAUAUCGUGAAAAUACUACAGGUCUUAAGCCAGAUCCGGAAAAGCAUAGCACUUAUCUGGUGUUAGAACCAAAAUUAGGUAUACCUUUAAAUGCCAAAGGUCGGGUGCUUAUAAGUGCUUUCGUGGAAAGAGAUGAGAAAGUAGAUAUUUUACGAGAUUUAGCUUGGAAUUUUUAUGCUCCUCUAUUUGCGACAGAAAUGAGUGCUGAAAUAACUGAAAAUUUUUUAAGUAUUGUUAAGUUAAUUUUAAACUUGUCCCAUAUUGGUCAAUAUUGUGGCAUUGCAUUCACCAUUUUGGGAUUAAUACUGAUUUGUAUUGGAAUAUAUUUGACAAAAAAGCAUAAAUGGCAUGGAGAGGAUUUCUCAAAGGAUAAUUAUAACAAAUAGUAUAAAAAACUAGAUGUUAAAUGUAUGUAUAAGUAAAAUUUUUAUAUAUUUAAAA